AUGAAGCUCGCAGUCACAGUGUUGGCAUCAAUCCUGUUUGCUUGCUCGGUUACUACAGCCACUCCAGUCAAUCCCAGUUUGACUACAAGUGCCGAAUCCAGCACCUCAGCAGUUACUCCCAAUGCACAAGCUACAAGCUUAUUUGAUCUUAGCCAACCUUCUUUGGAGGUUAUGAAUCUGCUCGAAGAAUACGCACAAAGUAAGGAAGAUUAUAAGGAAGCAGAGAAAGUGUACGAUUUGGUACACUCUACAAAAUCUGAUCGAAAACAAUUGGUAAAACAGCUACGUGAAGAAUAUCAGGAACUGUUAGAUAAAUAUCAGGAGGGCGAUGGCUCAAAGUAUAAAGAUGAAUCCGAGAAACUUGAAAAGGAAGAAGAUAUUCUCAUCGACCUCCUACAAAGACGUGCGGGUGCCGCUUAUUUUUCUCUUUACGAGAGACUAAGUAAUAUCAAAUUACAACUCGUGAAGUACCUGUUCGGGAAAAAUUGGAUACAUCGACCAGUUAACGACUACUUCAACCUUAUAGAAUCAGAUCCAAAGUUUACGAAAAUCAUUGACUCAUUUCACAUUUCCAUAUCAAGCCAACAGUCAAUAUCUCAGCAAGCCUCUACUAGUGGGACUCGGAGUUCAUCGCAACAUCACGAAAGUCCAUCAUCAUCAAAUGAAAUACCUACAGUUGAACUCACUGAAACAUUCUCCAAUAUACAAGAAGCUGUUUUCACAUUUUUUUCCCAACUCUUCUGA